AUAAAACGGGAAGACACUCAAUCAAGUAGUGUGGAGACGAUACGAAUGAAAAAACAGUAAUACAAUAUGAACAAAAUUCUAGCGUUUGGCUGACGCCGUAGAGCCAUUAGGGUUUUAAGAAAACCACUACUUACUGCACCAAUCUUUCUUCUCAUCGUACGCAAAAAAAAAAAAAAAAAAACCUAGAAACCUGAGGGAAGACUCUCUCUCUCUCUCUCUCUCUGGGAUUCAGAUAUGCCUCCGAAGUCCGCUAAAUCGAAAGAAGCACCGGCCGAGCGACCAAUUCUUGGGCGUUUCUCAUCUCAUCUCAAGAUUGGCAUUGUUGGAUUGCCAAAUGUUGGAAAAUCUACUCUUUUUAACACGCUCACAAAGUUGUCAAUACCUGCGGAGAAUUUUCCAUUUUGUACCAUUGAACCAAAUGAGGCCCGAGUUAACAUCCCCGACAAUCGAUUUGAAUGGCUUUGUCAAUUGUACAAGCCGAAAAGUGAGGUGCCAGCUUUCUUGGAAAUCCAUGAUAUAGCUGGACUUGUUCGAGGCGCACAUGAAGGGCAAGGAUUGGGGAACAGUUUUUUAUCUCACAUCCGUGCAGUUGAUGGAAUUUUCCACGUCCUACGUGCAUUUGAAGAUCCAGAUAUCAUCCAUGUUGAUGAUUCUGUGGAUCCUGUGAGGGAUUUAGAGGUUAUUACAGAAGAAUUACGGCUCAAGGAUAUUGAAUUUAUGGAGAAGAAGAUAGAGGAUCUUGAAAAAAGCAUGAAGCGGAGCAACGACAAGCAGUUAAAAAUAGAGCAUGAAUGCUGUCAAAGAGUCAAAGCAUUACUUUUGGAUGGGAAAGAUGUUCGUCUUGGGGAGUGGAAAGCUGCUGAUGUUGAAUUACUGAAUACUUUUCAAUUGCUUACUGCCAAGCCUGUUGUUUACUUGGUUAACAUGAACGAGAAAGAUUAUCAAAGAAAAAAGAACAAGUUUCUCCCAAAGAUUCAUGCAUGGGUGCAAGAUCAUGGGGGUGAGACAAUAAUCCCUUUUAGCUGUGUAUUAGAGCGAAAUCUUGCUGAUAUGCCGGAAGAUGAGGCUGCGAAGUAUUCUGAGGAGAACAAGGUGCAGAGUGCCCUUCCAAAGAUCAUAAAGACUGGAUUUUCAGCUAUUAAUCUUGUAUACUUUUUCACGGCUGGCCCUGAUGAGGUGAAAUGUUGGCAAAUUCGACGGCAGACUAAGGCUCCUCAAGCUGCAGGGACCAUUCAUUCGGACUUCGAGAGAGGAUUCAUUUGUGCUGAGGUCAUGAAGUUUGAUGAUCUAAAGGAACUGGGCAGUGAGGCAGCUGUUAAGGCUGCUGGGAAGUACAGACAGGAGGGGAAGACAUACAUAGUUCAAGAUGGAGACAUAAUAUUUUUCAAGUUCAAUGUUUCUGGAGGCGGGAAGAAAUGAGACACAUGGUUGAUGCAGAGUCGUACUGAGACAGGAUGAAGUGAAUUAAAAAAAAUUUCUUGGGAGUUUUUUCGAUAUUUAAUCUGUAAGGUUGAACAAUGAGAAAACCCUAUUCAUGUCUCAUUUUUGUUGCAGCCGUGUAAAAACCUAAUUCUUAUUAUAUGUUGAAAUUGAUAAGUAGAGCGAUGAGGAGCCAAUUAGCACGAUGAAGAAUCAAUUAGGGACAGGCAGUGUGCUAAUAUUACCCAUCCUUUUAUACUUAAAUGCAAACCUCCUUUUACACUCA